UAAGAUUUCCGGGGGUCUCCAGUACCACAUCUAUGAUUUCCAGGGGUCUCCAAUAUCCACUUAAUAAGAUUUUCGGGGGUCUUUAGUACCCAUCGGAUAAGAUUUCCAGGGGUAAACAAUACCCCCAAAAAACAUAGAUGGGGGUACUUAUAACGAAAAAUUACAACAAUUCAACAAAAAAAUUAAACAAAAAACCUUAGACUGGAUGGUUUAUGAGCAGUGAACGACUUCUUCGUCUCUAAGGCUCAAAUUGAAGAAUUUUGAGGGAAAUAAAGCCUACUGAAAUGGCGAAUACGUUUUUUUUUUUUUUUUUUUUUUUUGUAAAAGGCUAUUUCAGUCUUUUGAUUAUUUUCGUAUCAUUAAUUAAUUCCUACAUUUAGGUUAUUUUGUAUUGCAUUUAUGCCAUGUAUUAUUUGCGCACAAUUUAUUCACCUUAAAAAAAAUGUUAGGAAAUAUUCAAUAUGGGUAUAUCCUUUUGAAACGCCCAAAAUAAUAUACGACACUGAUAAAGAGAAAUGAAGGGAGUAAUUACUACCUUCCUCAAUUUACUCUUUUUUCCUGAACCACACUCUCUCUCCUCCACAACCACCGGCUUCCUCCGCCGUCAAAGAUAUCAUCAUUAGUCACCAUUAAAGUCCUAAGCUCAACAAAUGAAGCCAGCCCCAAACCCUCCAUCAUCAUUCCUCUCAUUUCGAACCUACAAAUUGAUGAAUUAAGAGUUCAAGAACUCAGGGGGAAAAAGGGACGUUUUGGCUUCAAUGGGGUUAUCACGUUCUCCGUUGAAUCCUUCUAAUACUUGUAUCUCCCAUUCAAGCAGUUUCUCAGGUUUCAAUUGAAGAUUUAGAAUGAUUUGGGAUGCAAACUUCUUUAGAUAUUGUUUUGUGGAGGAGCUGUCGUUUCUUCUUCUCUUCUACAUCUGGCCAAUUGAAGAGAUCAAAGUCUAUCUCUACUCAAUCAAAAGAAAUCGGGAACCUUCUCGUGGCAGCCCAUAUCACCAAAACUUUGUCUCGAUCUGGAACGGAAAAUCUUGAUGUUGAUUCCGUAUCUCUCUCUGGGAGUCUUAUUCAGCAUGUUCUUAGAAAGACCUCCCUUGACCCUUCAAAAAAGAUUGAGUUUUUCAAGUGGUGUUCUGAUAGGUAUGGUUAUAAACACUCUACAGAAGCUUAUUCCCAGAUUUUCCGUGUACUUUGUCAUUCAAGGAGUCGCCAGCACCUUAAUGAUCAUGUGGUGCGGUAUCUAUUUAGUGCAAUGAAGCAUGAUGGUGUCCUUGUUGAUUCAGCCACCUUUAAGCUUCUGCUUGAUGCUUUUAUCCAUUCUGGUCAGAUUGAUUCUGCUCUAGCAACUCUUGAACAGAUGGAAGCUUUAGGAGCUACCUUUAGUCCCCUAAUGUAUAAUUCUGUUGUCAUUGCUCUGGUUCGAGAAAAGCAGCUUGGUUUAGCUUUAACUAUGUUUACCAGACUUCUAGAAAUGUCCAGCGGCAGUGGAGCUGCUGUUCCCUGUGAGCCUGUUGCCUGCAAUGAAUUGCUCGUUUCUCUCAGAAGAGCCGAAAUGAAGGAAGAGUUUGGGAAAGUAUUUUCCUGUUUGAGAGAGAAGAACAUUGCAUUGGAUGCAUGGGGUUAUAAUAUAUGCAUUCACUCAUUUGGCUGUUGGGGUGACCUUGAAACUUCACUCCGUCUUUUUAGGGAGAUGAAGGAACCAAAUGCUGGUACAUGUUGUGCUCCAGAUUUGUGUACUUAUAACAGUCUCAUACAUGUACUUUGCUUAGUUGGCAAGGUGAAGGAUGCAUUAAUUGUUUGGGAGGAGCUAAAACACUCAGGUCAUGAGCCUGAUGCUUUCACUUAUCGUAUAUUAAUCCAGGGCUGCUCCAAAUCAUAUCAGGUUGAAGUUGCAAGUAAGAUCUUUAAUGAAAUGCUAUGUAGUGGUUUCCAACCAGAUACUGUUGUAUACAAUUCUCUUCUAGAUGCUUUUCUAAAGGCUAGAAAGCUCACAGAAGCCUGCCAACUUUUUGAGAAGAUGACGCAAGAAGGGGUUAGAGCAACAUGUUGGACAUACAACAUUUUAAUUGAUGGGCUGAUUAAAAAUGACAGGGCAGUUGCUGGUUACACACUUUUCUAUGAUUUGAAAAAGAAAGGGCAGCUUGUCGAUGGAAUUACUUAUAGCAUCAUCAUUAUGCAUCUUUGUAGGGAGGGCCAAAUCGAUGAGGCCUUGCAUUUGGUAGAAGAGAUGGAAGGCAGGGGAUUUGUUGUUGAUCUAGUCACUAUAACUUCACUCUUAAUUGGAUUUUAUAAGCAAGGUCGAUGGAAUUCAACAGACCAGUUGAUGAGACACAUAAGAGAUGGAAAUUUGUUGCACAAUGUUCUCAGGUGGAAAGUUAAUAUGGAAGCUACAUUGAAACAUCAGCAGAAAAAAAAAGAGGAUUGCACCCCCAUUUUCCCAGCUGAAGGCAAUUUUAGUGAAAUUGUGGACUUGCUCUCAGUUGGUGGUGGAGCAGAUAGCGGUGUAGGAUCAGGUGAUGAUGAAUAUUCAGAUUGGGAGUCAGGCACUGCUGAUGUGGAUGAGUGGUCAUCAUCUCCUUACAUGGAUCAAUUGGCGAAUGAAGUCAAAUCCAACGGCCAAUUUUUUAAAUGGUUCUCUUUGAACAAGGGUCGGCGAGUUCAAGCAAAAGGGAUGAACUCAUUUGAUAUUGACAUGGUUAAUACAUACUUGUCCAUUUUUUUAGCAAAGGGUCAAUUGAGCAUAGCCUGCAAACUGUUUGAGGUUUUUACUGAUAUGGGAAUUGAUGCUGUGAAUUACACAUACAAUUCCAUAAUGAGUUCAUUUGUGAAGAAGGGUUAUUUUGAUCAAACGUGGGGAAUUCUUCAUGAAAUGGGUGAGAACCUUUGUCCAUCUGAUGUAGCAACAUAUAACAUUAUAAUUCAAAGUUUGGGAAAGAUGGGAAGAGCAGAUCUAGCUAGCUCCAUUCUGGAUAAGCUUGUGAGCGAGGGUGGUUAUCUUGAUAUUGUUAUGUACAAUACUCUCAUGAAUGUCCUUGGUAAGGCUGGUAGAGUUGAUGAAGCGUUGAAGCUCUUUGAGCAGAUGAGGAAAAGUGGGAUAAACCCUGAUAUUGUUACUUUUAACACAUUAAUUGAAAUUCAUACAAAGGUGGGUAGGCUGAAAGAUGCGCACAAACUCCUAAGGAUGAUGUUAGAUGCAGGUUGUUUACCAAAUGAUGUGACUGAUACAAUAUUGGAUAAGCUCGGGAAGGAGAUGAAGAAAGCACCAACCAAGGGCAAUGAUUAGAAAGCACCAAAAAGUCAUUGAUGUAAA